AUGAGCAGCUUCAAUCUCGGCGGAGUCACCUUCGGGAGUGGGUUGAGUGUUCCCUCUCUUGGGAAAGCCAACACCCGCACUGGCAUCAGCGUGCCAAAGGUGGGCAGUAUUUCUGCCAAUGCCGGAAUUGACGUUUCCAAGGGCCUCCGCGGCAUCACUGGUGGCAUUGAGCUCAAGAAAGACAACGGCAAUGUCUUCACCAGCGGGGCUUCCAAAAAGUCUUUUGAGGACAAGAGUCACCAAGCCAUCAGCUCCUACUUCAUCGGGCCGCAAGCCGAGAACCUGGACUAUUUCAAGGACAACAUCAACGUCAUCCUCGAGAACCUCAAGAAGGGCAGGCUCAACUACUUCCCGGGAGACGGCGAGUUCAUCACCGACGAGAUCCAAGCUUCCGAGACGUUCCAGGAGCGCACCGCAUCCGUUUCCAAGGCAGUUGGCGAGCUUUCCGACUUGCUCUCCCGCACCUCGAUUCCUUUCUUUUCCCCCCGCUACCAAGCUCACAUGUGCACCGACCUCAGCAUGCCUGCCAUGCUGGGCUUCUUCGCGACCAUGCUCUACAAUCCGAACAAUGUAGCUUUUGAAGCAUCGCCAUUGACGACAACUAUUGAGUUGAUGGUAGGAGAUCAGAUGUGUGAGAUGCUCGGCUACAACCCAUCCACGUCACCCAACUACAACACCUCGCAGCCCGAUCCGUGGGGGCAUAUCACCUGCGAUGGCACUAUUGCGAAUCUGGAGUCAAUGUGGUAA